GGUUUGGGGGGUGGGUUAGUGGGUAGGUAAGUUGGUAUUGGGUUGGGUUUAGAAAUUACGUAGGGAAUUGACUUGGACGAGCAUAUGAAAUGUGAUACGCUGACCUCCUUUUAUUCUCUCGGAGGGGAGAGGUUGCAACUUGCAACCUGCCCAUAUUAUUGCAUGUCUCGUCUGCCUGAUACUUCCUCCCAAUCCUUCCUAUAUUUCUUUAGGAUGUAUCUUCUCCUUAUUCUUUAAAAUUGUGACAUCCAAAGAAAUCAGUUUUUAUGCCUUUUUCUUGUUACCAUGGAUGGAGAAUAGAGAAGCUAAUUGAAAAUUGUGGGAAUAUUGUUUGAAUGAACAUACUGCAGGUGAACAUUUCGCCUACUUGUAGAGAAUGAAAUAAAGAGUCACAUUAUUUACACAUUCGGGAGAUUGGUUGAUAAUAAUCAGGACCAAUUUUUGAAGGCACUAUCCCUUGUGCCAGAAGAAUUUCUAUCUUUUAGGGCACUACCCUUAUAUCAGAAGAAUUUCUAUUCGGACGGACGUAGAUGAAAAGGCGUUUAUAUGUUGAAGUGGUGUUAAUGGACAUGGUCAUCUGUGCCUUUGAAAGGCGUUUAUAUGUUGUAGUAGUGUUCAAAGACAUGGUUAUCAGUGCCUCGGUUCAAAGGAUUGGAAAGUCUGAUCUCCAGACGGUCAACCCCCGAGAUAGCCAUGCUUGGAAAGGAUAACUUCUCAGUUUACAAUUACAGGCCCAAAUGGGGGCUUUGUGUUCACGAGAUAAGUCCAUUUAAGGUCAAGGGUGGUGAUUAAGAGAGAGCUUUACUUCCCUGGCCUCUAUAAAUAAUCAAAUCGUUGAUGGCCUCCACAUUCCUUUCUACAUCAGCUAACUAGAUACCUAAAAAAUCUUGAAAAUGAGCAGCAGAGAAAGCAACACUGGCAGUGGGAAGAAGGAAGCCAAAGUUGGUGGCGAUGGAAGCACUGGAAAGGGAAGUGGAACUCCUUGCAGUGGCGCUGGGAUGAUGGCGGCCCCUGGUCAGGCAGGUGAAUGCAUCUCCAGGGAGGCCUUUGAGAGCAACCCCAAGGGAGGAGGAGGCGGUGGCUCAAAAGGUGGGGGAAGAGGAGGCGGUGGCUCAAAAGGUGGUGGAGGAAGCGGCGGUGGCUCAAAAGGUGGUGGAGAAAGCGGCGGUUCUGGAUCAAAAGGUGGGAGUGGAGGUGGUGGACGCAGCAGCGGUGGUGGAAGCUCUUCAAAGGGAGGCUGUGGGGGCCAUGGAAUGAUGACAGCACCCGGUGGAGGUGGGGCAUGUAUUUCCAGGGACGCAUUUGAGAGUAACCCCCAGGGUUACUUUGCCGAUCUCCAUGCCAGCGAGAAGGGCAGCAAGUAGAUGUAGUGCCAUCAUAAUGGUACCUCUGAUAUAAUUAAACCGUAGUUUAUAAUAAUAUAUCGCACUUUGUUUAUUCUUCUCUUUCAA